UUGCUGCUGCUGCUGCUGCACGUUCAGUGCAAAGCCCGUGGCUGUGAUAGGCUGCAGGGACAUGGAUACUCUGCCUAUAUAUGCUGGCAACUGCAUCCUCUCCGCUUUGUAGCUGCCACUGAGGAGCAAAGGAGGGCAGUGAGAAGGGAAGGGGAGAAGCAAAACCCUUACCAACUUGCUGUGUUUUUCCGAGAAUAAGCCCUAAACUCCGUUACCCAUGGAUGCUGCAGAGUUCCGCAAGAGAGGGAAGGAGAUGGUGGACUAUGUGGCGGAUUACCUGGAUAAGAUAGAGAAACGCCAGGUGUUCCCAGAUGUGGAACCAGGAUACCUACGGCCCCUCGUUGCAGACUGUGCACCCCAGGAUCCCGAGAGCUUUGAGGAUGUCUUUAAGGACAUUGAGAAGAUCAUUAUGCCAGGGGUGACUCACUGGCACAGUCCGUACUUUUUUGCCUACUUCCCUUCAGCCUCUUCCUUCCCAGCUCUUCUUGCAGAUAUGUUGUGUGGUGGAAUAGGAUGCGUGGGCUUCUCUUGGGCUGCAAGUCCAGCUUGCACAGAGCUGGAGACUGUCAUGCUGGAUUGGCUAGGGAAGAUGGUUAAUUUGCCUAAGGAGUUUUUGGCUGAGAAGGAUGGUCAAGGUGGAGGAGUCAUUCAGGGAAGUGCAAGCGAGGCCACCCUGAUUGCACUGCUUGCUGCAAGGACAAAGAUUAUCAGACAGGUGCAGUCAGAGAAGCCUGAGCUGACAGAAGCAGAGAUCAUGGGCAGGCUAGUGGCUUAUGCUUCUGAUCAGGCUCAUUCCUCUGUGGAAAGAGCUGCAUUAAUUGGUGCCGUGAAGAUUAAAAGUGUUCCUUCAGAUGACACAUUUAGUGUUUGUGGUUCAGCCCUGAAGAAAGUUCUGGAUGAAGACAAAGCUGCUGGUCUUAUACCUUUCUUUUUCUGUGCAACACUUGGAACCACCUCUUGCUGCUCCUUUGACAAACUGUUGGAACUGGGUCCUAUUUGUAAUAAGGAAAAUAUCUGGAUGCAUAUUGAUGCAGCCUAUGCGGGAAGUGCUUUCAUCUGCCCUGAAUUCAGGCAUCUUUUAAAUGGAGUGGAGUUUGCAGAUUCAUUCAACUUUAAUCCUCACAAAUGGCUUCUAGUGAAUUUUGACUGCUCUGCAAUGUGGGUGAAAAAAAGAUCAGAUUUAAUAGGUGCCUUUAAAUUAGAACCUCUUUACCUGCAGCAUCACCAUCAGGAGUCUGGUCUUGUCACAGAUUAUCGGCACUGGCAAAUCCCCCUGGGCAGGAGGUUCCGCUCCCUGAAGCUCUGGUUCGUGCUGAGGAUGUACGGGGUCAAGGGGCUGCAGGAGCACAUCCGCAAGCACAUUAGGCUGUCGCAUCAGUUUGAACACUUAGUCCUUCAGGAUGAAAGGUUUGAGAUCUGUGCCGAGGUUAUUCUGGGACUGGUCUGCUUCCGGCUGAAGGGCUCAAAUGAACUAAAUGAGGCACUUCUAAAAAGCAUAAAUGAUGCCAAGAAGAUCCAUCUGGUCCCGUGCCACCUGCGAGAGAAGUUUGUGCUACGUUUUGCUGUUUGUUCCCGCACAGUGGAAUCCACCCACAUCAAGUUUGCCUGGCAGCACAUCUCACAGCUGGCAACUGAUCUUCUGAAAACAUGGGAGCACAACCACCACCAGCAGUAACAGCAGCGAAGUAUAAGUGGAGAUGAGGUAAUUAACUGGCUUUCUCUGUGCUGCCAAGUUUUAUUUUAGGUGCAGGUGGGAAAGUCAAACUAUGAAGCAAGAAAGUACAAAACCUGUUGUUAUAUAGCCCAGCUGCAGUAGCAAAAUCCUUGCCAGCAAGUUGAGUUGUAACCAUAGCCAUUCCUCCUCUGUACUGUAGUUUCAUCUUGCCUGUUUCCAGGAUGCACAUAGCCAAGGAGAAUUGAGCUGUCAUUUGUUACCAGUUUGUAGUCAAGAGCAUUUGUUCAACCAAGUAAUGGAAAUGGAAGGGUUGGUGCUCCCUCCAUUGUCCCCAUUCACCUCUCGCACACUCCCCCCUUUCUUCAGAGAGGUCUUAUAACCAAUUAAUUUAACAUUACUAUGACUGCAGGAAGAACCCAAGUCGGGGAAGUUUAGUUCAGGUUCUAAAUAUUUUGGUAUCUGAAAAGGCAUGCACAAAUAUUGCCAGGAUUUGGGGCACUACUGUGUCAUGAUACACUUGCUGCAGAAAUUUUGUAAAUGAACAAAGGACAAAGAACCUUCAAGACUUCCUUCACUGCAUAGCCAGACUUAGGAGAAUGAGCAUUAACUGAUUACUAAUCAUCCUUCUGACGGGUUCUCUAUUUUCCCCUAAAUGGUUUGCUUUUAAAACUGCAGUUUUGUCAAAUUCCAGCAAAUAGGUUAUGCUGGCUAUUGGUUUUCAGACUGAUCAUUCAUAAUGAGGUCCCUGAAAAGCUCCUCCUAAAGAGUCUUGCCAAAAGCUAUGUGCUACCUGGUAUUCUGUACUUUUAAUCAAGGUAUUAUCAGCAGUGAUUACUUGAAAAUAGUCUGUAAGAUAUGUUCUGCAAAACUGAGCUGUGAUUUGUUUUUAUGGCUACCAUUUUGAUUACUUCAUGGUGUAAUAAAUCUUUGACAAAAUGUGCUAAGAAAUGUGAUGUCAAAAAGAUCACUUUUAGUUUCUCAAAUUAGCUAGCAAUCGAGAAAGCAAGGGACAAUAAAAAUAGGAAGAGAACAAACCCCUCAAAUCAGCUUUGGUGCCCCCAUCAGUGGUUUUCUUAGAUUAAGAGUGAUGAAUGGAAAAUGAAAAUACUGGAAAACCUCUUUCUGAGAAAGUCAAAUCAUAUAUCUUUGACACAAACCAUUGAUACAUCAUCCUGUCAAAUGCAGGCAUAGUGAAGAGCUAAAAUGAAAGUUAGAGGUGAAAGUCAGAACAAUAUCAAGUCACAAAGUACUUUUGCCAUUUUAAAAACAUAAAUUCCAGACAGUUAUUUCUGUGUAAAUAAGAACAACAUAAGUAGCUGCUCAAAGAAAAAUAAUAUGUAGGAUUCAUUUCUACAUUUGAAAUUGCAUUUCAGUAUUCCUUUUAAUGCUCAUAUUAACUUCUACAGCCUCUUGAGCAAUGUGCACAACUAUUCAGCUUUCCUGCUCCAUCCCUUUCAAGCAUACUUGCUACAGCUGGGAAGUUGCAAGCAGACCAGGGAAAACGGAUCAGGACAGUUAAUUUGGCACAUGGUCUGCUUCUCCCUCUGUCUUUCCUGAUCUCUCACUCCUGGGGUGCAAACUGGGAAGGAUUGCUAUUCCCAUAAGGAACUGAUUUCCCAGGUAACAAAUGGAGAAAGGGAUAACCAAUGAAUUUGAUAAAACCCAGUAACACUUGAGUAGGUGACUGACACAAGACACUACUGUCAGCUACAGUGUCAGAAAUUUUUAUAGCAUCAUUCUCUUCAGCAGAACCAGCAUGAAAUUCAGCUUUUCUGUGGUAGCACAAUGCAGUGGAGUGGUAGACUGCUAUAAUUUUUUUUUUAAACAACUUUAAUCAGAUCUCAUGACCUGGAAAACAAUGUUCAUCCCUAACAUGUAUCUUCCACACCGAUACAAUUUUACAUCUUUUACAUUAUGAAAACUCUAGAAUCCUGAAGCCAAAGAAUUACAUGUUCUCUGCGAGACAGACCAGGAUUUUGUAUGUGAAAUACAUAACCAGGACUGUCCAGGAAAAAAAAAAAAAGAGAGAUCAGAUUUGGAUCACAGAGUAAAUCCAGGAUAAUUCCACUGAAAUGAAAUGGAGUUGCUCUGGGCUUAGGUAACUAUAAUUGAAAUGAAAAAUCUGACUAAUAAGUAUUGGAAAAGAAAGGCCUAACGUAAGGCACCCCUAAACCGAACAUAAGAAGAUUCUGCUGGAAAUCUGCUCCAUGGAAACCAGAGCAGAGAUGAAUGAUGCCUGUGUGAGCCUCAAACUGCUGGAAAACUGGGAUGCAAGCAGGAUGCACACCCAAACCUAGGAGAGGUGAAAUGUCCCCAACAGCCCAGAAUUAGACACACAUCCCUUUAGACAUUUAUGGGAAAAUACUGCCAAAACUGACAUUCCAUUAAACAUUUUUCACUAUCUAGAUUUCAGUUUUAGAAGUGGCUGUUUUCCAGAUACAGAAACUCCUGUUGGCAAAGAAUUAAAGAUAAAGGCUAAUUUAAAAUAAAGAUGGAGUAAAAGUUAAUUUUUUUUUUUUUAAAGUGACAUUAGUAAAUCUGUCUGAUAAACAGCAGUGAUGAGACCCAUGGAAUUACAUUUCCCCCUCUCUAGCCCAGUACCGAAACCUGAAGUUCAGGUUCUGGUUUUCCUAUGUAACCAGUGAAGACCUUCAUGGUAUUCAGUCUCACCUUCUUCUCUCCAUGUGAUAAUUCCUUCCUAGACUAUUAACAUUAGGUAAUCUGAAAAGGAAAUAUGGGCUGUGUAAUCAACUAGAGAAAGAACAUUUUAAAAAAGAUCAUAACUGCUGUUUCUGUUCUGUAGCUUUGCAACGUGUCUGUAAGUGAGAAACUCUGUAUUUAUGAAUAGUUGAUGUUAAUCUGGAUUUAUUGUGCCUUGUGUGCAAAAGCUAAUAUAUCCUGUGCCUGUGAUGAAUACUGUUUGAUAUUAAAAGUUAAUUAGACAAUCCCAGAACUGUACUUUGGUAGAAUAUCCACAUCUCCAGGAAGACUGCAGCUAUUAGAGAAGGAGGGAAAACCCUGAUUUUUACUUUCAGGAACCUCAAUUUAUUUUUUUUAAACUAGCAAAGUACAGUCUUUACAUUCUUAAUGACAGAUUAUAUUUUAUUACUGAUGGUGAAAUAAUGAAAAUGUAUGUAUUUAUGAAAGUAUUGGUAAUAUAUUAUACUCUGAACUGCAUUAUAAUUAUUAAAUUUUUAAUUUUUUCUUGCAUUUACAUACAAGAUUCUGCUCAUGGCUGUUUUGUUGUUGAAGUACUACUCAUCACCAUUUGUGAUGAGUAGUAAUCACAUUGAAGUUGCCUUACAACAGCAGUCUUAACCUUGAGAUGUAAAAAUUUGAAUUGCUCAAAGACAGAAGCAAAUGAGAAAUAAAACUGAUCCUGAAGACUGGGGUGGUUGGUGAGGGCAGGUUAAAUAACCAUCAAUGGAUAAUAUCUGUAGAGCAUAUGUAGAGUUUGUAUGUUCUAAGUGGGAAAUAAUCAGAAGUCUAAUGCUCUAAUUAUGAUUUGUGAGCUGUUGACCCCCUUUACAAUCUGUACCCAAAACCUCCUGAACACACAUAUAGGUUUUAAUUGGCAAUAUAAAUAAACCAAAACAAAACUACA